AGCCUUACGCGAUGCCACGACGUGGAUUCGCUCUGCCUUUCCGGUGAUAAGAAUAAUCAAUUUAAUUGAAGAAAGAAACCAGACGCGACGGUAGAUUUGUUGAUCCUUUUCGUCGGACGUCGACUUCUCUGGUCGCCUAUAAAAAGAAAUUCCAUCACUCUAGUCGUUGAAGGUGUACUUACCCUAGCAUUUCAAAAUAGACAAGGACUCUUUCGUUUAUGCCAUCAGAAAUAAAAUUCGCGUAGUCCUCAGUUUAUCGCCAUCAGGUAUAUAAUGUGCAAAAAUAGGCAAUAACUGGAUAUAUACUUGUUUCAUUUCUAAUAUUGUUGAGUGACAAUGGGAGCAUCAACAUCAACGGAGAAAAAGGUUCCUGAUGACCAAAAAGAGGCUGAAGCCUUGGCAGCUUCAACGGGAGCUCUUCCUCAGCUUCAGAGUGCAUUCUCUAAGCUGGUGGAUCCUCAAACAAAUGCAAUCCCUUUCGAAUCCUUACAGAAAUGCUUCUUUUUAGGUUAUGAAAACCGAACUCAAGAAACAUCUGCUGUGCCCGAAUCCUUUCCAGGCAUCCUAGAUCACGUGGGUUUAACAAUUGUUGAAAUGUUCUUCAUUCCUGUGAAAGGAGGAGUUACCUGGGUUGAAUUUCUUAAGGGCUACAACAAAUGUUGUGGAAAAAUUUCUGCAUCUGUGUUGCUUAAUACAUUAAUUAGGGUAUUUGAUGCUACAAUGGUAAAACUGGGACUUCCUUCAAAAUUGGAGUUUACAUCCUAUGAGGAUGAAUUUAAGAUGAGUGGCUUCCUUCUUCCGAGUGAUGUUCUUAUGCUUCUUUGGAUGUGCUGGGCUAUGUUUUGGGAUUCUAGUACUUUCAAAGCUUUAAGUUCAAAUUCAAAUUUAUUUUUGCCAGAUAUCAAUAAUCUGGUGCUGUCGUCGGUUGCAUCUUGUGCUGAGGUUGGUAGUACUGUAAACAUUUGGGAUUGCGAUAUCUUAGGGUUGGCUGUUGAAGUACCCAUAGGAAAGUUUCUUACUUGGGCAGUGAAAACUGUUCCGAGUCUUCCAGAUGGGUUCUCACGGUUUGUCCAUGCAAGAAUUCUUCAAGCUUCUACUCAACAGGAUGGAGUAGAGUCUUCAAGUUCACCAACUGUAGAUAUUGCCUCACCUGAGACAUCGUAUUCUUUUGUUCUGACCCGUGGAACAGCAUGGGCAGUUUCCCUAACACAAAGAGGUGGCAUUAGGGAGGAGAUGUCAAGAAUAUGUUUUUCUAUCAGUGGGGAUGGAAAUCAUCAACACUUACUUUAUAGGUCGUCAGUUCAUGGGAGAGGCUUGAAUAGAUUCUGGUCCAAUAUCGAAGGUUACCAAGGUCCUUUGUUUGUGGUUGUUCAUGCUGCAUCUGGAGACACUCAUGAUGAUUCCACCAAUGAAUUGAAAUGGACUGUUGGUGUACUGACAUUCCAGGGUUUUGAAAAUAGAGAUCUGUUCUAUGGAAGCGGAGGAAAUAUCUAUGCUCUUAGGCCAGUUUUUCAUGUGUAUUCAGCGACCGGGAAGGAAAAGAACUUUGUCUAUAGCCACUUACAUCCAUCUGCAAGGGUUUAUGAACCGCAUCCAAAGCCGGUUGGACUUGGAUUUGGGGGAAGUGUGGGAAAUGAGAGAAUAUUCAUCGAUGAAGAUUUUGCCAGGGUUACUGUUCGUCAUCACGUGGUUGACAAAACUUAUCAGCCUGGUCCUCUCUUCCCAGAUCAGGGGUUCCUGCCUGUUGAAGCUUCCAUUCUAGAUGUGGAAGUUUGGGGACUUGGCGGCUCUACGGCUAAGGAAAUCCAAAACUCGUACAAAAAGAGAGAGGAGCUUUUCACUGAGCAAAGAAGAAAGGUUGAUUUGAAAACAUUUGCUAGUUGGGAAGAUUCACCGGAGAAGAUGAUGCUAGACAUGAUGUCCGACCCAAAUGCUGUAAGACGAGAAGACCGUUAGAAAGAGAAGAGAUGUUUUGUUCAUUACAAAUGGACGAUGCUGUGUACAUUUGUUAGUAGUAUACAUACGUAUUGUGUAACGUUUCUGUGUAUUUUCUCAAGGGUAUAUGCUUUUUGCUCUAAAAUAGCAGUAUGGUCACCUGGCUCGUGUCCAUUGCCAUGUUCACAAUUACACAAUAAUAUAUAGAAGAUGAUUAUGGUGACUUUGAGAA